UAUGUAGUUCGCCUCGACCAAUUAGAGCGCACAGGAGCACCCUCACAGCUGUUUUACUAGUUGAAAGCAAAGAAACUUUUUUUCCUGCUUCGAGAAGGAGUUCAGCGCGCCUUCGGUGCCGUGAGGGGAACUGCCGGACUCGGGGCAGCUUCCGAGCUCUUUCUCGCUCAAGCCACCGUGCAAGAUGAGCGCAGCCGUGGAGGAAGCUGUCUUGCCGUCCAUCUCCACCUUCGCCGGCUUGGUGCCGCUGGAAGACAGGCAACCCGAAAUGACUGGGCUGAUCCCCGCUCACGCGGAGGGCGCCGCGACCAUCAAGCGGGAGGCGGACGACCUGGGCAACUUCGUUGACCUGGAGUUCAUCCUGGCGCACACGACCAACGGGCGGGCCGCUGCCACUGGGGUGGCGCCCCACCACCCCAACCCCAACUACCCGUUGCCCGAGACGCCCGAGAGCUGCGGCACCACCUACGACAGCGACAGCUCCAACUACCAGCAGCCCCCCAACAAGUUCGCGGCGGCCUACAUGCCCAGCCCCGGCCACAGCUACGUGGCCGAGCUCUUCACGCAGGACAUGCAGCAGCAGCAGCAGCAGCAGCAGCAGCACCCGCCGGCCGGGCCGGGCCAUUGCGAGCUCCAACGGCGGGAAUACACGGAGCUGCGCGCCCCUGGCCUGCCCCACCCUCACCUGGGCCUAGCUCGGGGCCUGUCCCUGGAGCACCUGCGCGUCAAGCAGGAGCCGAUGGACGGGCAGUCCUGCAUGAUGAGCGGCGGCCCCGACUGCCUGGGGCCCGCUCCCCUGGACCACAAGCCCCUCCUGAUGCAGCCCAUGAUCCAGCCGCAGCCGCCUCUGCCGCAGCACGGCUUCUCCGCCGAGCAGAUGAGCCCCGUAGCCCAGUGCCAGGUGGCCGGCGACAUGCUCGCGCAGCUGGGGGGCCCCCAGCAUUACCCGCGGGGGCCCCACCUCUUCCAGCCGAACUUCGCCGGACAGAUGCAGCCCCAGUUCCGUGGACACUUCAGCGUCUUCAGGGAGCCCUUGAAUUCGCAUGCCCAGGGCCUGCACGGGCUGCUGGUCACGCCACCCAAUUCGCCCGUCUUGGAUUACUAUGCCCCGAUGGGUCCCCCGGAGGAGUGCAAGCCCAAGAGGGGCCGGAGGUCCUGGGCCCGCAAGCGCACGGCCACCCACAGCUGUGAAUUCGCCGGCUGCGGCAAGACCUACACCAAGAGCUCGCAUCUCAAGGCGCACAUGCGGACCCACACGGGUGAGAAGCCUUAUCACUGUAACUGGGAGGGCUGCGGCUGGAAAUUUGCACGGUCAGAUGAACUAACACGCCAUUACCGCAAACACACUGGCGUCCGGCCCUUCCAGUGCCACCUAUGUGACCGUGCCUUCUCCCGAUCAGAUCACCUGGCUCUGCACAUGAAGAGCUGUAGAGUUUCCUGUAUGGCCAGUCUUGAUCAGACCAAUAAACAGCCUGGUGAUGUAACCCUUCUUAAAGCAAGCAGCUGCCACCAAUAAGUCUCCCAAGCUGUCAGCAGUGAGAGUGUGGGAUAAUCCAACAGAAGAAACUAAUAUCAUUUCUGGAACAGGAUGUAAAAUCAAAAUAUAAACUUUGAACAAAAGACAAAACUUCUGUUGGUAGACUGCAUGAGCUGAAGUGUUUUAAGGAUCAAGGUAUUCUAGGCCAAACCUGUUCACACUUAAUUUAGAAGUCAAUCACAUUGAGUUCAGUGAGGCUUCAGUAAGUACAGGAUUGUAGCCUCAGCCCCAAGUAAGUGUGCUAAGUGGGAUCAGCUGAAAAAUGGAGACAGCAGUCCUGCAUCUGUAAUUGUUGUGUGUUGAAAAGGACAUUUUAGUAGAUGAAGCUUGCCAUGCAACCUUACAUCUGUUGAAAUUUCCACUGCUACACUUUAUAAGAUACAGGAGUCCUGUCUUCUCUUUCAGCAAUCCGCCCUAAAGUGUGCCUAGGUUUGCAAUGUUAAAACAUUUUCUCUUUUCCUGCUCAGGGAUGCUGCUAAAACUGUACCAAAGAUACCUUAAUACUCUGAUAUAUAUUUUAUAUAUUUUUCUGCAGAUUGAAAUGGCAUGUUUGUAGGCAAAACCUUGAAAAAGUUGCCUUAUGGAAGUAAAGUAGAAAUGUGUACUAUUUAAGUGCUAUCAACCAACUAAAUUUCUUGUGGGAUGCAGUCCUUUGUGUUUAAGGGAGCAAGUCACACUAAACUCAGUGGGAACCAUUUUUAAAUAAGUUUAUAUAGAAUUGUGUUGUGGCUGGCUAACAGCACAAUCUUAUGUUUACUGAGAAAUAAAUGCCACUAUGUUCAAUGGAGCUUCCUCCCAGAUAAGUGUGUAUAGUAUUGCAGCCAUGCUGUUUUAGCUUUAACUGACUAGAUGAUGUCCAUACAGCUGCUUAAUUGUAAUACCUCAAGGUGCUUUAUGAGAAUGUAACAUAAUUUUCAAUCUGUUGUCUUUGUAAAUGGGGAAAAAAGCUAUUUUUGCUACUACUUAAAUGUGUAAAGCAGGCAAUGUUCCAAGACUCUCAUGAGUUUUAUGAAUUUAACUAAUGACAUUUUUAAAAAGACAUCUGAAACCAUGGUUCUAUUCUUAUAUUCAGUUGGUGUUGUCCUGAACUCUGUAUAUUUCCUUGUGUCAAGCAAAGAUGCUAUUGGAAACAGGAAAGCAAUCUGUUCUGCAAGGCUAGUAAUUUGGCUGAUGAACUGAUAACAUUCUUUCUAAAUCUGUGUCUAAAAUGUAUGAUCAGUUGUUUCGAUUAAAGCUUUUUUGUCAAACAUCUGAUAUGGAGGUGGGUGGGUAAGGAUCACUUCCAGCUUCUUAUGGCUGUGAGUUAUAUAGGUUAAUUCUUUGUCUUAUGGAUGUAUUUUUAUCUGUGGAUUUGGUAUCUCCCUCCAAAGGAUGAUCAUUAAACCAGGUACUGCUGCAGCUGCAAUUCCCCCUCCCGCCGGCAGCUUUUUAAAUUUUAUUUUUGUAAAGGGCAUUUUUGUCCAUUUCUGCUUAUACUUGAAACUUUCUUUCUGAGGAGAAAAGGACCCUCUCAAUAUGUAGCUUAUGCAAACAAGUUGUAAUUCUUUUUAAAAUGCUGUAAAUGUGUGUUGUUUUUUAUAGCUUAGGUCUCUUCAGUAAAUGACCUCAGCUCUGGUAUGUGCACUGCACCUGUCUGUAUAUAUUGUUAAUUAACUUUUUUUUUUUGCUUGGGUAUCUCCCAUGCAAAAUGUUAGUUUUCUCUAUAUGCAUACCUUUUAGAGACUGUUGAUC